ACUAUAGAGAAAAAACGGCCUCGGAACUGGUCCGGUAAUGACCAUGUGAGCUGCAGAAGAGGUCAAAGUUCACUGGUAACAAGUGCUCCGUUGUGUUUCAAGUACGUGGAGAUAUAUCUAUAAGAAGUCCACUCAUAUAUAUCAGGAGAAUGGCUGGUGGGGGAUUUGAGUUUUCCCCAGCAAUGACGAUGCUACGACGUAACAAUCAGUUUCAAUUCAGUCAGCGAGAUCCUCACAAUCUCUCAACACUCGCUAACCUGUUUGACACGCUCACCGUCGAGUGCAGUGGAGUGUUGGUGCAGCCACAAUGGAAGCAUUUCAGACACAUUCAAAUGAUCAAGACAGAUCAGAUCCGUCUCAGUAAUGGAAUAUGGCGCUCCUGGCACCUGCAGUUUCAAAAAAGACGUGUUCCACAGUUUUGUCGGUUUGAUAUUGAGCGAAAGUUGGACCACCACAAGAGACAAGCGGCCGUGGUAUUAGAAGGCAAGUAUUGGAAGCGGGAGCCGUCAGCCGUAGCCUCCGAGUACAGGAAAUGGAGAAUACAUUACCACAGGAAAAAUAAGACCCGUGGCCCUGACCCGUACCUGGCUGAGGUGAUAGAGAGAGCACUGACAGUGUUUGAGGAGCUUCAGAGUAAACCACACCCACCAUACACCCACUCUAUGGAUACAGCAAGAAUGCCAAUCAAUAUUCCGGACAUUUUUGAUCCUGUUUUCUCGUUCAUGGACACCUCCCCCUCCAUUGACGACCCCAACAGGCUAAUUGGCUUCCAACAGCCUAAGCUUGACAUGCUCAACCCCAUGCUUGAUGAUUUCCUAAACAGAUUGGAGCCCAUGGACGUUGUUCUCCCACGUUCUAUGGGUGGGUCCUUUUACUCGACAGCUCAACAACCACUACCACAUGCCUCACCUAUAUUUGGAGCUCCGAGUACCACACCACCCCCCACUUAUCACACAUCUUACACACCGCCCCCACAAGUCGACCCCUUCACAACCUCACAGCAACAACAGAGUUUGUCCCCGACAGCAUUUCUGAACAUGCCUUCUGCUGAAAACAGACGUGGAAAUCUCAAUAUCGGAGAGCUGUCUAAUUACCCGAUGAAGGCGGAGCCAGUAAUCAAUUCAAGAUCGCCCAAUCAGAAUAGUUACUCGUUGCCAGGUUACCAGCAGCAAGGAAACGAACCGUUCUCUACUAUGAACAAUAACCCUAUGACAUCAUCAGAGGAUAUAUUUAGUAUUCAAGCGUCUUUACAGCAUAAAGUGGACGAUAUGGAGGGGGCGUUUGAAGUCACCCCUCCACAGCUCACGCCCCCACCACGCCCUCACGUCCCCACAAGGCCCACACCCGCUGAUGCAUUUAAAUUUCCUAACACGUUUACAUUCUCUCAAGCCAAUCAGUACACUCCUUCCAGUCACAUGACCAGCUCUCAGGAUCACAUGAUGGAGCAGCCGUUUGUUCGUGUGUCUAGUGCCGGCAACCUUGGGGUCGUGACCUCAUCACCUGUACCUCGGACACGCCCCCCUCUCGAGCGCGGAAAAAGUGAACCAAUCAACCGUCUCCGCGCACAAGUACAGAAGCUGAGUGCAGAACAUGACAAGCAAAUCCAAGAAAUAGACAAACAAAAGAACUUUGCAGAGCGACAAUAUUCCGAGUUGUUACAAACGGUUAUGGAGCAAAUGUCAUCUGCGGGGAAAGCAUCAGAGCAGCAGAAACAAAUGCUACAAACUGUUCUGUCUGAUCCAAGCCUUGUGAACAUUCUACGUGAUGUAUUGUUGACCACACCCGGCCCUGGCGGACAGGAAGUGGGUGGAGCCUCGGCUAAGAUGUCUCUGGAGGAGGUGCAUAGAGGGGGUGUGGCUAGUGACCUCUCCUCCCCUCCAAACGUGGUCUCUCCUAACGAGGUACCUGACUAUCAAUUGCUCAUGAGUGGUGGUUCGACCACGCCCCUUCAUCCCUCGACCACUCCCCUUGGUCCUUCCCCCUACUAUCUGUCUGGUAGUGACACUGAGACCACACCCACUGGACUAGCAGGCCUACGAGUGAAACCGUCUCGUAAACUGAGUGGGGAUGAGAAGGAAGUGUAUAGAGAGCUGAGGAGACAGUCUCACAUCAGUGCAGAGCAGAAGCGUCGUGGGAGCAUCAAGCAAGGGUUUGACCACCUCCAGAGCCUCGUAGUGAACCUCUCCUCCUACCCCAGCGGCAAGGUCAGCAAAGCAGUCGUCCUGGAGAAGACCAUUGAGCACAUCCACCACACUCACGUGGUGCGGGAUGACAGGGAACGUAAGACACAAGCUCUACGUAAAGAGAUAGAGGAACUGAACACGGCCAUUGCUCAAUGUCAGGAGAUGUUGCCAGCUUCAGGAGUCCCAGUCACCAGACAGAGGCUUGACGAGAACAGACAGAGGUUCAGAGAAUACGUGCAGAGAAGGACACAGCAAAACUACAAGUUCUGGAUUUUUGGCAUCAUCCUUGGCCAGCUGUUUGAUACCUACAACAGCACAGUGUCCACUGGCAGUGUGGAUGAGUUGUGUAGGACAGUGCUCACCUGGUUUGAACAAAGCUGUACCCUACCAGCCCUCAGACCCAUUGUGAUGACUAGCCUGAGAGAGCUGAGUCAGAAGACAACCAUUUUAACGGACCCCUCCCAAGUGCCCCGACAGCUGGCUCAGUACGCACAGGCAGAGUUACAGAGACAGAGACAAGAACAAGAGAAAGCAAGAACUACACGAUUCUCAUUCAGCUAGCAUUACCUACAGUGAACCUUUAUUCCCAUGCUUUUUGUGUUGAUUUGUCUUGUCUUUUGUAAUGCACAUUAUCAUGUACUGCUGACUUCAUAUCACAGUAUAAUUUAUAUGCUUUUUUGAGAGAAAAAUAUUAUACAAUCAUAA